GUUUGUUUAACGUGUAUUAUAAUUAUUUAGUGAAAAUGUUAAAAUUUAUGUUGUGUGCCAAUGUGUUCCUAUUUUUGGCGCCGUAUACCAGUGUGGCUGAGGACAAUAGAACGACUUUGGGAUAUCCAGCGGGAUUGAUGUCUAUUUGUCCCGGCUCCACAAAACCAGCCACAAUCCCCAAGAGCCAGCUGAAGUACUUGUCGUUCGUGGUACAGGGUAACGGUCGGAGUAGAUACAAGUACUCAUAUUGGAAUGCGAAGAAUAUCGCCAAUGAUCCACGGAUUAAUUUUAAAAGAAAGACGUUACUAGUGGCCAUCGGCUACCUGGACAGUCCCAACCUGCCAAUUUCUGCAAUGUUUGCUAAUGAGUACGAGGAUCGAGGGUACAACGUCAUCUUGGUGGAUAACCAGAGAUUUGCUACUGUGCAUUAUCAUUUAGCAACCCGCCUCAUGCGUCCAGUAGGCAAGCACGUCGCAGAAGUACUAGCCCAACUAACUCAAUACGGUUUAGAUCCAUCUACACUGGAAAUCCUGGGUUUUAGUCUAGGCUGCCAUACGGCAGGAUUCAUAGCAAAACAUUUUCAUACAUUUACGGGACGAAAUAUAUCUUCCAUCACAGCUUUAGAACCGUCUGGACCAUGUUUUAGGUACCUUGGACCUAAGGAUCGCCUGGAUGCCUCAGACGCAGAUUUUGUCCAGGUCAUCCAUACAAAUAUUGAUGGUUACGGCAUGGCCACUCCUAUGGGUCAUAUAGAUUUCUAUGUAAAUGGUGGGGAAUACCAACCAUCAGACAUUAGCAUCUACCCUUGCACGACCACUUGUAGUCACUUCAGGAUCCUCCCAAUUUGGAUUUCUGCUCUAAAAAACCCUAGAAAAUUUAUUGGAAUGAAGUGCAAAGAUAUUCAGCAAGCAAGGGAUUCCCAGUGCUAUGGGAAUGUCCCUCUAGAGACUAUUGUAAUGGGGCUUGGUGAGCGCCGUCGCGGCGCUGCGGGUCGCGCGGCUGCGUUGCGACGCGCGCCCUCCGACUCUGACUGUUCAGGGGAGACCGCCUCACUGUCAGCCGACAGCGGGGACCGCGCCCCUCGGCCGCCACCGCAGCCCACGCGAGCGGGCAAGAAUCGGGGCUACUCCCGAAAUGAAUAUCGUAAACGGUUCUUCGUCGUAGACGGUGGUAUCCUAGUAUACGCUCGGUCACCCACCGACGUGGCUCGGGGCCGACUCCACGGCUCAGUGGACGUCGGCUUGUCAGUCAUAUCAGCCAAGGCUAGACGGAGGCGUAUAGACAUUGAUGCUGAUGAGUUCAUAUACCACCUCAGAGCGAAGACUCCUGAUGUCUUCCGGACCUGGCUUAAUGUGCUGAAGGCUCAUAGGUUAUACCGACAACAUUUGCUAACAUUCGGUGCGCGGGAGUCGGUACCGAAGAUCCACGCGCCAUUAGAAGAUCUACCACCCACAGACAAUUCUUCUCGUACCUCCCACGAAAGCCUGGAUACUUCCUCGGGCUCCAGCGACGACUCCCCAUUCCCCAGGAAGAAAGAACUAUCCCCAGAUGACUUACUUAACAGUUCCUAUAACUACUACAGUCCCAUCUCAUUCUCGCCCCCAAUAGACGAAGAAAAAGAAUAUAACCCCCCAGCCACGAAAAUAUGCGAAAAUCACUUCAAUGAAAAACUCUUUAAUAACCAUAGAAGUUUAUGUUCUAUGAACUGUGUCGCCAGAUUCACUAAAGACAAGUUACAAAGAAAAAAGUCUCCAAACAUCUCAUUAGGUAGCACCGAAGCAGAGAAACAAAUACAUAGUACAGACUUGGAUAUUAAUUCUAUUAAAACAAUAGAAACUGUCUUAGAAGAUGAAGUCAAAGCGCAAAGGCAAACGUCACCAUUUCUAGAGAAUAAGAUCGAACCUACCGCAGCAUACUACUUCUUCACACGAAAUAAAUCACGGUCCUCAAUUAUCAAUUCGCCAAUGAAAAGGAGUAAGAAAUCUACGAAUUUGGUCAAAUAUAAGAACUUUUUUGAAGAGCCUACUUUAAGGAGACCACUAAGUAAAUGCAUGUUACUUGGCAAAUACAAAAUGAAUACUGAGAAAAAUUCUGAUAGUGAGAAGUUAGAUAAUUCCGAGAAGAAUACAGACCGCAACGUGGCUUGUGAGACUGUUCAAACAGAGAGCAAUGAAGUCCAAGUGACUAUUAUAGAGAAUAAGGCGCUACAGGAUUCCAUGACGACAUCAGACUAUGAUAACAUCACGGAACGACUCAUGGUGUCUAUAUUCGAGAAUGCCAAAAACACCACUGUCACUGACGUAAAAGUCUAUAUCCAACAAGUGAUAAAAGACUUAUAUGACGUCAAGUUUCAAGAGGUACAUCCAGUGAAAGCACUAUUUAGGAGCUUGUUAGAAUACUGGUUGAAAAAUACCACCGUAGAACCAGUCAAAACAGCAAUGAGGCACAGUCGCUCUAUAGACAGACAAUCAAAUAAAUACUUCACAAAAGACGAGAACCUGUCAAGUGUUUAUAUUGGUCACGUGUCAAAACAAACACAGUUUCACGGACUCAGUGAAAUGCUGUUUCAGUACAAAAAGAAACCGAAUACCACAAAACCUGUGACGAAAGCUCCAGACAGACCUCCCAAAAGCCCCAGCCCGAGAAGAGACACGGAGAGUUUCGAGAAAGAAAGAAGAAUACAAGAGCUGGAACGGUUACUCAAAAACACGGUGUACAUGUGUGAAACGACAAGAAGUAACCAACAGCGAGAUAUUAAAACAACUAAAACUCUGAUCGAUAAUAUUGGUAAACUCUCUCCAAAGAUGGAAGAGAAUACCUCGACCGAAAUCCCCAACGAGAAUUCAAAUUCUUCUACGGAAAAAAUACAGAAGACUUUGAACCAUCUUAUAAGUGAUACUUCAAUAUCUCCUGAUGUUGCUAAGGAGUUCUUUAGUGCGUAUUUAGACGUUUUACUUAAAGAAGAUUACAAAAGCCUUUCGGAAACCAGUUCACAGUCCAGUGAACAUUCAGUGACUUCCAAAGGCUCUAGAGAACUCUCGUGUCAAGUACAGACGGAGGCCGUCACUAAAACAGCCUCAAAGAGCGUCACUACGUUAAAAGACACGGAGGUAUCGAAACCAAAGUCCGCUGAGGUCUUAAAAACUAUAGAUCCAGGCCAACUGUACCUCAAAGAGUUGUUAGAAAGAAUAACAACAAUAUUUUCUAAAGUAAAGAAGAUGGAGGACACGACGUGGAUGGAGGACACGAAUGAGAAGUCACAUGACAAUGUCAAAGAUGACUUAAAACAGCCAGAACGUAAGGAUGAGUUGGGAAGGCCUGUCAAGGAGUAUCCUGGCAAAAACCUUAUCUAUGAGAAUAAUGACGAUAAUUCAGUGGUGAUCGACCUCUCUAAGUAUGAUCUGGAACAUAUAUCGAUGUACAGUGACCCUAAUUUGCAAGGGAUCAUGUCAAUUUCCAUAAAACUUAAGGAGAAACCUCCGACAGUAGUCGAUAAUAAACACGCACACUUAAGUCUACAAUUCGCAGACUCUGAACGCGUAAAGACAGAAUUACAGAAAGAAUUGAAAGAAAAUUGGCGGAAGUACAUCCAAAGCACAAACUCCAAUGAGAUAUUUCAGAAGAGGAGUAAAAGUCCAGAUACCUACAUGGAUUUCCCUAAAGAGUUUGAUUUGAAACCCUACUCGAGUAGUAGUGACGCGACGUCGAAAGCUUACAAAAUUGUCCACGAGAGCGAACAUUCCCUAGACCUGUCAUUUAAGAGCAGUAAUAACUCCUUUCUAAGAGGGUUAGAUCCAAGGCCGUCUUUUGAGAACGAAAACACAUCUUGCUACAUCAUGUCCUUCAACAAGGAAUCUACAAAAUUUCAGCCCAAAAAAAAGGUUAGGCUUAAAGACUAUAAUGGAAUAUCAAAAAGACGUUCACCAUGUCACUCUCCGACUAAGCAACCAGAAUUAUCUGUCUUCGAGCAACCAGCCCCAAGGGUGAUCGAUGAGAAAUUCAUACUAUUACUUUUAGAAAAUUUAUCACUAUUGUCGAAAAAUAUACCCAGUUUGCAUAAGGAUAUCAAUAAUUUAUUCAUGAAAUUAAGAAAGAAGCAUGAGAAGAUUUUAAAGAAUUGUGGUAAUAUAUACGGGUUGAGUUUGUUAGGUAAGAUUUAUAACGAGGAUUCAGAGAGCGGGGCGUGUAGGAAGGAGGCGGCAACGCAAUGGGAUGCCGUCACUUGCUUUCCGAUAGGCGAUGACGUUUCCAUCACAGAAAAAGCAAUAAACACAUGUAGCAGCACUAAUUUAAACCUUAAAGAUGCGAACAUAAGCGCUGUUAAUUUGCAGCUCGUGAUGAAUUCUGAAGUUCAGACAAAGAGUGAUUACGAUGAACUAAUGAUUUGCUACGAUCACGGACCUUCCUUGGGCGACACUUCACUUGCCGCGAACUUGGUAAAAGUCCACUCGAUACAUAAAAUUAAACUAGAAAUUGAUAAGAAAACAACUGAACAUGCAAGUCCUAGUCAGCAAUGGGUUCACAAAAUUACUAAAGAGUGCUCAAUGACUACUCUGAUCAAACGUGUGUUAGAUCCAGAAGCGAAAAUCACUUCCAGUACAAACGCUACAUGCAGAGAACAUAAUAAUGUAACUAAAAAGAAGAAGAAUUCGUCAAAAUUGCGGCAAGAUUUGAUCAAAGAAAUCGCGCUUUUAUCGCCUUCGUUUAAAGUUUCAACUCAAUCGCAGACGGAUAGGCGGUUGAUGCGUUUUGUUAGAGAGAAGUGGUUGGAGAAAGAUUUUAAAGUAUACCAGUUAUUUUAUAGGCUGUUGAGCCCCACCGGCGGGCCCAUCAGAGGCCCCCAAGCGGGGUUCGUGUCAGGCACCCCAGGAGGACGCCUCUCCGGCUGGAUCAUAGAGUCUGGUGGUCCGCUGGAGAACGCGUCCCGCGAGUUGGGCCAGGCGCAGCUGUCCGUGCAGCAGCUGCAGAGGUUGCUCGACGCGCUGGAGUUGCAGCAGCAGCUCCAUCAUGAUACUGAUGCUUUAUCAGCGCUAACAGCGCCCCCCUCUCCUGGCGGCGGUGCGUCGUCAGUGCCCAACUCCGCCGCCUCCCUGCCCAUAGCGUGUGCAGCAGCUCGGCCCCAGUCACUACCUGGUGCUGAGACGUUAGCAACGGCUCCAGGACCUGCUUCCCUCACCAGCCUCACUCCUGACCAUCAGCUCAGGGAAGAUUUCACCGUGCUAGCUAAGGAUCUAGUUGCUAAUCUGAAGACUGUUGUCGCUACAUUGGUGAACAAUCGUCAGUUCCAGCAGUCUCUAAGCUACAGCUCGUCCUGUGUGUCGGCCUCCGAGUUUUUCGACGCGGAGGAACACGACUCCGACCAUAAACCGGCGGAGAUCAUAGCCGCUGAUGAGUCAGGAGUGAUAGAGCUGGAAGGCGACUCCUCAUCUGAAGCAGGUUCGCUGAGCAGCGAAGAAGGCUCAGCCAGCUCCGACAACUCUGAUGGUGCGAUAGUGUCGGCGGAGCAGGUGACGCUCCGCGCGACGGACGCGGGCCCCCCCGCGGGCUGGUCGCGGCGGACGCGCCUGCCCUCCACGCGGCCCACGCCCGGGGGGCCCAGUCUCUGGAACCUUCUCUACAAGAACAUCGGCAAGGAUCUAAGUCAGAUCUCCAUGCCUGUUACUAUUAAUGAGCCGCUUAAUAUGCUGCAGCGACUAUGCGAAGAACUAGAAUACUCAGAGCUCCUGGACUCGGCAGCGGAAUGCAAGAGUCCGAUAGAACGUAUGGCGCUCAUAGCCGCGUUUGCAGUGAGCGCAUAUGCGUCGUCCGCUCACCGCGCCGCGUCCAAGCCGUUCAAUCCAUUACUGGCUGAGACGUACGAGUGCGUGCGCGAUGAUAAAGGGUUCCGGUUUAUUGCUGAACAGGUAACGACAUGCGUACACAACUUGUUCGGCGGGCAGCGCUGGGUGGACCAGUACGGGGACAUGCACAUCGCAUGCCACGGCACUGACAUCACGUGCAAACUCAACUUUAUUAAGGCCAGUUCGUGGUCCAGUAGUCGGCACGAGGUCCGCGGCGCGGUACAGGGCGGCGGCGCGCGCCUGCGCCUGGCGGGCCGCUGGUCCGAGGCGCUCUACGCCGGGGACCCGCCCGCCGCCAGGUGUCUCUGGAGGCCCGGUAACUAUACCUACCUACAUAAUGUCGGCGGCGCGCGCCUGCGCCUGGCGGGCCGCUGGUCCGAGGCGCUCUACGCCGGGGACCCGCCCGCCGCCAGGUGUCUCUGGAGGCCCGGUAACUAUACCUACCUACAUAAUGUCGGCGGCGCGCGCCUGCGCCUGGCGGGCCGCUGGUCCGAGGCGCUCUACGCCGGGGACCCGCCCGCCGCCAGGUGUCUCUGGAGGCCCGGUAACUAUACCUACCUACAUAAUGUCGGCGGCGCGCGCCUGCGCCUGGCGGGCCGCUGGUCCGAGGCGCUCUACGCCGGGGACCCGCCCGCCGCCAGGUGUCUCUGGAGGCCCGGUAACUAUACCUACCUACAUAAUGUCGGCGGCGCGCGCCUGCGCCUGGCGGGCCGCUGGUCCGAGGCGCUCUACGCCGGGGACCCGCCCGCCGCCAGGUGUCUCUGGAGGCCCGGUAACUAUACCUACCUACAUAAUGUCGGCGGCGCGCGCCUGCGCCUGGCGGGCCGCUGGUCCGAGGCGCUCUACGCCGGGGACCCGCCCGCCGCCAGGUGUCUCUGGAGGCCCGGUAACUAUACCUACCUAUAA